AUGUCUCAAAAAUCUCAAAUCAAUGAAUUAAAAUCCUAUAAUCAUUCUUAUUAUAGAGAAAAUAAUAACUAAUUGGAGAGAACUAAUCAAAAAAGAAAUAAGAAUGGAAAAUAUAAAAAUAAUAAAAGAUUGGAUAAUAAUAUAAAACCUGUUUAAUCAUGUUGUUAAGAUAAUGACUAGUUUAAUUCGAAUAAUAAAAAUGGAAAUUUUUAAGAUUCAUAAGAAAAUAUUUCUUUUAAUUAAAUAUAGUAAAAUGAUUAAAAGGAUGUUAUUUUUUGUCUUGAUAAAUAAACACCAGAUUAAGGAAUAGAAAAAGAUAAUUAUUAAGAUUAACAGUUUAAUUAGGAUGUUGUAAAGUUAAAUAAAUAAAUUAAUGAUUCAUAAACUUCAACUGAUUCUUUUGAAAAUAAGAUAGGAAGAAGAAAAAGCUAAAUUGAUUGGUUGAAUUAAACCUAAAUAAAAAAGUAAAAUAUAUUAAAAAUACAUCAUGAGACAAUGCAAAAUAUAUUUGCUCCCUGUUAAUUAAUUCAUUUUGAUGAUGAUUAAAUUCUUAAUGAGAUUGAAGAUAUUUAAAAAUAAAAGUUUUCUAAUAUUAGAAUAAUAGAAUGUAAAUAUGGAACCCAAAAAAAUAUAAAGAAACUUAAACUUAUAGCUUUAGAAGUUUUAUUGUAAUGUUCAUAAUGUUAAAAAAUAAUUUAAGUUGAAAGUAACUUGAUAAAAUAGACUCAUUCACCAGCAAUAUUUAUAAAACAUUGUGAUAAAACAAUAAGAAUAGACUUUUUAUAGAGUAAAAGCAGUAAAUAAAUUAGAUAAUAAUCAUAAUGUGAAUAUUGUGGAUAAAUAAAGAGUCGAAAUAGCAUAUUUGGUUGGUAGCUAAUAAGAAAUUGUGUUAACUAGAGCUGAAUGUGUUGUAAUAUGUAAUUGUGAUAAUGAAAACGAUUUUACAUUAACUCUUGAAGAUCCUAUGUAAUUAAAUGAUGGAAAUUAUAUAUUAUUGACAAAUGAACCAUAUAGAAAACUCUGUAGAUAUUGUUGUAGAGAAGUAAUUAUGUAGCAUUGCGAAUUUAUGAUUAUGUCAUGA